AUGGCCUCGGAGUUGGGUGCCGGGGACGAUGGCGGCUGCACUGAGCUGGCAAAGCCCCUCUAUCUUCAGUACCUGGAGAGGGCCCUCCGGUUGGACCAUUUCCUGCGGCAGACAUCAGCCAUCUUCAACAGGAAUAUUUCCAGUGAUGAAAGUGAAGAUGGACUGGAUGACAGUAAUCCUUUAUUGCCCCAGUCUGGGGAUCCCUUAAUACAAGUUAAGGAAGAACCUCCAAAUUCAUUGCUUGGUGAAACUUCUGGAGCAAGCAGUUCUGGAAUGUUAAACACGUACUCAUUGAAUGGAGUUCUACAGUCAGAAUCAAAAUCUGACAAAGGGAAUUUAUAUAAUUUCUCUAAGUUGAAGAAAAGCAGGAAGUGGCUAAAGAAUAUUCUGCUAAGUGAUGAAUCCAGUGAGGCAGAUUCUCAGAGUGAAGAGAAUGAUGAAGAAGAGGAAGAAGAGGAAGAGGAAGAGGAGGAGGAAGAACUCAAUCUCAACAGAGAAGAACUUCAUAACAUGCUGCGGCUGCACAAAUAUAAGAAACUUCACCAGAAUAAAUAUAGUAAAGACAAGGAGUUGCAGCAAUACCAGUACUAUAGCGCAGGCCUGCUCUCCACAUAUGACCCUUUCUAUGAGCAACAACGUCACCUACUUGGACCUAAAAAAAAGAAAUUUAAGGAGGAAAAGAAACUUAAAGCCAAGUUAAAAAAAGUGAAGAAAAAAAGGCGAAGGGAUGAAGAACUUUCCUCUGAAGAAUCCCCUCGUCGACACCACCACCAGACCAAAGUCUUUGCCAAGUUCUCUCAUGAUGCACCUCCUCCUGGCAUCAAGAAGAAGCACUUAUCCAUUGAACAGCUUAAUGCUCGUCGGAGGAAAGUAUGGCUCAGCAUUGUGAAAAAGGAACUACCAAAGGCCAACAAGCAGAAAGCUUCAGCUCGGAAUCUGUUUCUCACCAAUAGCCGAAAGCUUGCCCACCAGUGCAUGAAGGAGGUACGUCGAGCCGCCUUGCAGGCCCAGAAGAACUGUAAGGAGACCUUGCCUCGUGCCCGCCGCCUUACCAAGGAGAUGCUUCUGUACUGGAAGAAGUACGAGAAGGUGGAGAAGGAACACCGAAAGCGGGCUGAAAAGGAAGCCUUAGAGCAACGGAAGUUGGAUGAGGAAAUGCGGGAGGCCAAGAGGCAACAACGAAAAUUGAACUUCCUAAUCACCCAGACAGAGCUGUAUGCCCAUUUUAUGAGUCGCAAACGAGACAUGGGUCAUGAUGGAAUCCAGGAGGAAAUCCUAAGGAAACUGGAAGACAGUUCUACUCAGAGACAAAUUGACAUUGGUGGAGGGGUGGUAGUUAACAUCACACAGGAAGAUUAUGAUAGUAACCAUUUCAAAGCCCAGGCCCUGAAGAAUGCUGAAAAUGCUUACCAAAUUCAUCAAGCUCGGACAAGGUCAUUUGAUGAAGAUGCAAAAGAAAGUCGAGCAGCUGCCCUACGGGCAGCAAAUAAGUCUGGCUGUGGGUUUGGGGAGAGUUACAGCCUGGCAAAUCCAUCUAUCCGGGCUGGUGAGGAUAUUCCACAGCCCACAAUUUUUAAUGGCAAAUUAAAAGGUUAUCAACUGAAAGGCAUGAAUUGGUUAGCAAAUCUCUAUGAACAGGGUAUCAAUGGCAUUCUUGCAGAUGAAAUGGGCCUUGGUAAAACAGUACAGAGCAUUGCCCUCCUUGCCCAUCUGGCUGAGAGAGAGAACAUUUGGGGACCUUUUUUAAUAAUUUCACCUGCUUCUACACUUAACAAUUGGCAUCAGGAGUUUACUAGAUUUGUUCCUAAAUUCAAGGUGCUACCAUAUUGGGGAAAUCCUCAUGAUAGAAAAGUCAUAAGGAGAUUCUGGAGUCAGAAGACCCUUUACACUCAGGAUGCUCCCUUCCACGUGGUUAUCACCAGCUACCAGCUGGUGGUGCAGGAUGUAAAGUAUUUCCAGCGGGUCAAGUGGCAGUACAUGGUACUGGAUGAGGCUCAGGCGCUCAAGAGUAGUUCCAGUGUUCGUUGGAAGAUCCUCUUGCAGUUCCAGUGUCGGAAUCGGCUUCUGCUAACUGGGACCCCCAUCCAGAACACCAUGGCAGAGCUCUGGGCUCUGCUGCAUUUCAUUAUGCCAACAUUAUUUGAUUCACAUGAGGAAUUUAAUGAGUGGUUUUCCAAGGACAUUGAGAGCCAUGCCGAAAACAAAUCUGCCAUUGAUGAAAAUCAACUCUCUCGCUUACACAUGAUCUUGAAGCCAUUUAUGCUGAGGAGAAUCAAGAAAGAUGUAGAAAAUGAAUUGUCUGACAAGAUUGAGAUUCUAAUGUAUUGCCAACUGACCAGUCGACAAAAGCUACUAUAUCAGGCACUAAAGAACAAAAUUUCUAUUGAGGAUUUAUUGCAAUCUUCUAUGGGCUCUACCCAGCAAGCACAGACCACCACCAGCAGCCUCAUGAAUCUGGUCAUGCAGUUUAGAAAGGUGUGUAAUCACCCAGAGUUAUUUGAACGACAAGAAACUUGGUCUCCGUUUCAUAUUUCCCUAAAGCCAUACCAGAUUUCAAAAUUUAUCUACCAUCACGGACAGAUCAGGGUCUUCAACCAUUCACGAGACAGGUGGUUAAGGGUUCUUCUUUCUCCAUUUGCACCAGACUAUAUCCAGCAGUCUCUCUUUCACAGAAAAGGUGUUAAUGAAGAAAGCUGUUUUUCUUUCCUUCGGUUUAUUGAUGUAUCGCCAGCAGAAAUGGCAAACCUCAUGCUUCAGGGACUUCUGGCCAGAUGGUUAGCUCUUUUCCUGUCUCUGAAAGCCUCCUACAGGCUCCAUCAGCUGCGCUCCUGGGGAGAUCCUGAAGGGAAGAGCCAGCAGAGAUAUCUGAGCAACAAGGAUUUCCUUCUAGGCGUUAAUUUUCCACUCUCCUUUCCCAAUCUUUGCAGCUGCCCUUUGUUAAAGUCUCUGGUUUUCAGCAGCCACUGUAAAGCAGUGAGUGGCUACUCGGAUCAGGUCAUCCAUCAGCGGAGAUCAGCUACCUCCUCACUUCGUUGCUGCCUGCUCACUGAGCUGCCGUCUUUUUUGUGUGUGGCCAGUCCACGAGUCACCGCAGUGCCAUUGGAUUCUUACUGCAAUGACCGAAGUGCAGAGUAUGAGCGGCGAGUGCUGAAGGAAGGAGGGAGUCUGGCAGCCAAGCAGUGUUUGUUGAAUGGGGCCCCUGAACUGGCAGCAGACUGGCUAAAUCAACGGUCCCAGUUCUUCCCAGAGCCAGCUGGAGGACUAUGGAGUAUCAGGCCUCAGAAUGGCUGGUCUUUCAUCAGGAUUCCAGGCAAGGAGAGCCUCAUCACUGACAGUGGAAAGCUGUAUGCCCUUGAUGUCCUGCUGACUCGGCUCAAGUCUCAAGGACAUAGGGUCCUUAUCUACUCCCAGAUGACCAGGAUGAUAGACCUACUGGAGGAAUAUAUGGUUUACAGGAAGCAUACCUAUAUGAGGCUUGAUGGCUCAUCCAAGAUCUCAGAGAGGCGGGACAUGGUUGCUGAUUUUCAGAACAGGAAUGACAUCUUUGUGUUCCUGCUAAGCACCCGAGCUGGAGGACUGGGUAUCAAUCUCACUGCUGCAGAUACAGUGAUUUUCUAUGAUAGCGACUGGAACCCCACUGUGGACCAGCAGGCCAUGGACAGAGCCCACCGCUUGGGGCAGACAAAGCAGGUUACCGUGUACCGGCUCAUCUGUAAAGGCACCAUUGAAGAACGCAUUCUGCAGAGAGCUAAGGAGAAGAGUGAGAUUCAGCGGAUGGUGAUUUCUGGUGGGAACUUCAAACCAGAUACCUUGAAACCAAAAGAGGUGGUUAGUCUUCUUCUAGACGAUGAAGAAUUGGAAAAGAAACUACGAUUGCGGCAAGAAGAGAAACGGCAGCAGGAAGAAACCAACCGAGUCAAAGAGCGCAAGCGCAAGCGGGAGAAGUACGCAGAGAAGAAAAAAAAAGAAGAUGAAUUGGAUGGGAAGAGGAGAAAGGAGGGUAUGAACUUGGUGAUCCCAUUUGUUCCCUCGGCUGAUAACUCCAACCUCUCUGCUGAUGGGGACGAUUCCUUCAUCAGUGUAGACUCAGCUAUGCCCAGCCCUUUCAGUGAGAUCUCCAUCAGCAGUGAGCUGCACACCGGCUCCAUUCCGCCUGACGAGAGCAGCAGUGACAUGCUGGUCAUUGUGGAUGACCCAGCCUCUUCAGCCCCUCAGUCUCGAGCCACCAACUCUCCCGCUUCCAUCACAGGCUCUGUCUCGGACACCGUGAACGGAAUUUCCAUCCAGGAAAUGCCAACCGCAGGGCGUGGCCACUCAGCCCGAAGCCGAGGCCGCCCCAAAGGUUCAGGGAGCACAGCCAAAGGGACAGCGAAAGGCCGGAGCAGAAAAUCCACUGCGGGCAGUGCUGCGGCAAUGGCAGGCGCCAAAGCAGGGGCUGCGGCAGCAUCCGCGGCCGCCUUCGCUGCAUACGGGUACAACGUGUCUAAAGGAAUCUCUGCCAGCAGUCCUCUGCAGACAUCUAUGGGGCGGCCUGCUGGCCUUGCUGACUUUGGACCUUCAAGCGCCUCUUCUCCCUUGAGUUCCCCUUUGAGCAAAGGAAAUAGUGUUCCUGGGACUCCCAAGAGCCUCCACUUGACCAGCAGCCUGGCCCCAGACUCCCUGGCCCGGAAGCAGGGCAAAGGCUCCAACCCGUCUGGAGGAUGGUAA